AUGGACGAGUUGCAUGGUUCCCUUUCAGCUUUUGAGAUGCAUAUUGCUAGACCUAAAGCAAUUGACAAGACAGCUGCAUUCAAGGUUCAAAAGAAGAAGCAAAUUAAGCCUAAAUCCGAAGAAGUUGAUAUCGAUACUGAUACUAAUACUGAUACUGAGAGUGAUGAUGGCGAAACAAACUUUGUUAGAAAGCUGAAGCGAGGUAACGGCAAGUAUAAAGGUGUUGGACACUUUGCUACUAAGUGUUCACACGAGCGUAAAGAUACCAAUGAUGAAUCUAAGAAAUUCAAGAAGAAAAAUACUUUCUUCAAGAAAGGGAGGUCAAAGAGUAAAGAACUCAAUUCCAAACACCAUAGCAGCACUUCAGAUGACAGUUUUGAAGAUGAGUCAGAAGAUGAAACUGCAGAUGAGGCAUUGUUCAUGGCACUAAGUGAAAUUACUGAGAAGUCUAAUGGUUACCCCACUACUUGUUCUGAAACUGAUGACAACGAUGAGGAGGCUGAAGUUUACUUAAAAGAAGAACUCAAUGCAGCUCUUGAUGAGCUAGAGACUGAACGCAUAAGCAACAAGAAGACUAUGAAGAAACUCAAGAAAGCUGAGCAGAAGAUUCUUGAGUUGAAGGUUCAGUUGGAAGAGUCUAAUAAGGUUUCCGAUGAUCUUGAGGCUCAACUCUCCCUCAAAUAUGUUGACUGUUGUAAGCUUGAGGCAGAGGUUGUCAUGUUGAGCGAAAAAUUGAAGAAAUAUAGUACCCAAUCAUCCACUGAUCCUCAAACCAGUAAGCUUGAUGAGAUACUUAGCUGCUAG